UGUGGUAUGAGGAGGACGAAGACGACUCGGAUGAGGAAGAGGGGGUAGAGAUUGAGGAUUGGGAUUUCUAAAAGAAAGGGUUCGGGGCUGUAUGGCAUGGAUGGAUUGGGGCUGUGCAGGGUAUCAAGGAUGGUAAGGGAGCAAAGCAUGAUGAAACGGAUGUUUAGAGGAUGGACACCUAGGCGGCUCGAGGAAGGGGUGGAGAUGGUCCUACCCACGAGGAACGAAUGGAGAGGGACGGCCUGUGACUUGGUAGGGGUAGAAGUCGUAACCGCCAUGUCUUUUCUAUGGGUAGAGAGAAUAUGGAACCCAGUCAGGGAAAGCGAGGCAUGGGAUGAGAUAGCUGAAGGGGAUGUGGAGUCACUCGAGACCUUGUACUUGUCAAAGAAGGGGUGGUAUCUGUUCUGUGUAUGCCUAGCCGCCGGGUGGGACCCGACAUGGAUCUUAGGAGAGGCCGAACGAUUGACCUGGGAAAUGGGCUGCGAAUUCGCGAACAAGGGAUGGGAUGAAGUGAGGAGCAGGGUCGUGUUGGGAGGUUGGGAGGAGCUUAGGAUGCCGUAUCAGCGGGUUCAGACCUGGGUCUCACACUUCGUGGCGAAUUGGUUCGGAGGGUACGAACACAUCCAGACGGUCGCAGAAUCGUUAAGUGAGGUGGAUCUGGGGUUCACCUGGUUAGCGGACGCCUACUAUAGGACCUCGCUACGACUAGGGCCCUUCCACUUCCACGGGGACCACGCCGAUGAAGUAGUCGAGAUCCUAAAGGCCCUUAAGGACGAUCGGUCUACGAUGGAGGACGAGGUCGAGGAGGCGAUACUCCGACGGGAGGUAGCCGCGACCCCCUCGUAUGUAGGGGAUGUGUUUCUACUAUUUGAACGGGUCUGGAUAAGGGUGGAAGUUAAUAUGCCCGCUAGGGGUGGGGUGCAUAACCUGGUGAUGGAUUGGGUAGGGGUAGAACUAGUGGAGGACACGGUGUACUUGGUGGUGGAACUGGAAUGGCGCAGGAGGGGGGAAUUCGGGGGAGUAAGCCUAGACCUGCCAGGGCGUGUGCACGCCAUGGGGUCCCUGUACCUAUCCAAAGAGGGGUGGCGGAACUUCGGGCUGGCCUUGGCCGCCGGCGGUAACCCCGUGUGGAUGUUCAACGGGGCAUGGCAAGUAACCUGGAGGGAAGGGUUCGCGUUCGCAGAUCCGGAACGGGACGAUGUGACGGCAACCGUUUGGGUGCUCGAAGUGGGGGCCCGCAUCUUGGCCCACGAGAGCGUACGUAUGAGUUUGCCGCCCUUCCUACUCGCUCGCUUGGGAGGAACGGAGCGUGUUGAGCAGGCGGUAGCAGCCUUGAGUAGGCUAAGCUUUAGCGACAUGACGGUGUACCAAGAGUAUGACCGAGCCUUCUUGGAGCUGGGACCUUUUGAGGAAGACCAGGAGUAUGAAGUGUUGAGGAUCUUACAUGUCGUUGUAGCAACUAAGCCGGGGGUGCCCACGAUAGCCGAAGAAACCCUGAAGGAGAUAACUAGGCGAGAGAUAGGUUGCGGCAUGACUUAUGUAGAUGACGUCCAUCGACUAUUCGAGGAAGUGAUUGGGUAAAAAGGGGUAGGUAGGAAGAAGGCAAAAGGGAAGGGGGGUGAACUGGUAGGCAGCUAGAGCACAACAGUGGGGACGAGGAAGGGACUCGGAAAAUU